AUGAUUAAUCGAGACACUGGAUUCUAGGAUUUGGAAAGUGGAAUUCAGAGCAAUAACAUCUCAUCAGGGCAAUUGGUUGAUAUCGACUAGGCUAGUCCUAUUGGAGGUUAACAAUUAGAUCCAACACUUGAGUUUUCUUAAUUGUAGUAACUAGAAGCUGUAAGGAUGAAGAGGGAUAUAUUUGAUAACAGUCAUAAGAAUGCCAUUAAUUUAGGCCACAAGGCUGAUGUGAAUGAGGAGGACUGUCUUAUGAGUAAUUUAAGGUAUUAAGAUUUGAUAUUAAAGUGGUAAAAGGAGUGAACCUUAAGGUUCUAUAAGUUCAAUAAGUUGCAAUUUGAAAUCCUAAAAACCCCUAUUAAUAAAGACUACAAUAAAUAAAUCUAACAAAACAAUUUAAAAUUAAUAAAAAUUAGAACAAGAUGACUUUGUGAUUUCAUCUCCACUUCAGAUUAAUGGUACUAUCAAUUUGGGAUUGAAAUCUGAUGCUAAGAUAGCAAAAUAUUAGACAUUUGUGUAACAAAUAGAAGAUGAGCAGGAGCAGAACGAAAGAACAAAGAGAGCAUAAGUUCAUAGAGACACUAUAAAAUAGCAAUCGUUGAUACAGAGAGGCAAAAGCAAAGAGAUGAAAACAGGGUAUACAUUUCAUAGUGAAAUUUUAGUUUAAAUGAAGUCUGGACAUAAAAAGCCUUAAUAAUUAUUAGAUUGGUUUCUCGAUUUAUACAACAAUUAAAAACAAAGACAGAGAGAAUAAAAUUUAGAUUAAUUACUAAAAGAAUUUUUGAGGUAAUUUGCGACAACAGUGCAAAUUUCGAAUAUAUGUUAAUAAAUAGAUUAAUUAAAUAAAAACCUAGUAUCAGUUUAAUUAUUUUUGACUAAAUUUAAAAUAAAGCUCUAAAACUUCUGAAUUGGAUAGAAUUGAUAAAUGCAUUUAUUGGAAAAUAUGUGAAAGUAAUAAAACCUGAUAGUUUAUUCAAAAUAAUUUGGGAUAUAGUAUUACUGUUAUUUAUUGUGGUUAACAUCUUCUACAUACCCAUCUACAUUAGUUUUGAUGUAAGAUCAUAGGGAGUAUUUGAAUGGAUAUUUGAUUUAUUGCCCUCAUGGGUAUUUGUUGCUGAGAUAUUGUUGAAUUUCAAUACUGCCUAUUAUGAUAAGGGGUUAAUGCAUGAAGAUCGCAAGUAGAUAAUGAAGCAUUAUGUGAAGGGGAACUUUUUCUGGGACUUAAUAGUCAUAAUUCCAUUUUUAAUUUCGAACAUGGAUAUCCCAUUCGUUAGAUAUACAUUAUUAUUGAGAUUAACCAGAUUGACUCCAUUGAUGACAAGUAUCGAAGAAGUGUUAAAUUUGGAAGUAAUAUAUACAAACUUAUGAAUAGGAUAACAUGUAGGUAUUUUUGGACUUAUUAAAAUUGAUAUUCUUCCUCUUGCUCACAGGACACUUUUGUGGUUGCGCAUGGCAUUGGGUAGCAGUGAUAGAAUAUGAAAACUAUGGUGAGGAAUUAACUUGGUUGACUAAAUAUGACCCUCAUGCAAUGGAUUACUAUUGGUUUGAUAGAUACAUAAUUUCUUUGUAUUGGAGUGUUAUCACAACAGUUACGGUAGGAUAUGGAGAUAUUGUUCCAGUCACAACAGUGGAGAGAGUGUUUGUGAUAGUUGUUACUUUGUUGAUUUGUGGUGUUUUUGGUUAUUGUCUAUCCAACAUUGGAAACAUUUUUAAAUAAAUAUCUGAUAAAAAGGCUAUUUAUAAAUAGAGGAUUAGGGAAAUCAAUCAGCACAUUAGAAAGAGAGGGUUGAGUUACAAUUUGCAAUUAAAGGUAGUCAGUUGGAAUCAAUAUAGGUUAAAAAAUAUUUCGAGUAUUUCUUCAAAGUUAAGUAAGAGGAAGAUCAACAUGCUGAAUAAUUCAUUGAGUAAUUAACAAAACACCUAAGAGAAGAGGUUCUAGUGGAUAUUUACAGUAAAACACUGACUUAAUCACGUUUUUUGAGGGAGAACUUUAGUGAUGAAACAAUCCAUAGGUUAUGUCAGAUAGUUAAAGAAACCAAGUUAUAUCCAGAAUAAUUACUAUUCUAGAGGAACGAUUCUCCCAAAGCACUUUGGUUUGUUUUAUCUGGUGCGGUGGAAUAUGUUGCUGACCAUUAAAGUAUAAAUGUUAAGUAAUGCUUUUAGAUGAGGAUGAACACUUUUACACUGAAACCUUCUUGAAGAAGAUAACUCAAGGGUAAAUAACAUUCAUAUUAUAGAGCUGUCAUUGGAGAACGAGAGUUCAUUUCGCAAACACCUUAUGAAUACAAUGCCAGAGCAACCAAAUUUACUCAAUUAUUAGUUGUGGAGUAUUAUUUUGAAUUCAUUUGAAUUAGUUAUUAGCAAUUCUAUCUCAUUCUAUAAGAGAACAACGAGGAAUUCGAGAAGUACUGCUUGGCUAAAGACAAUCUAUUAUUUAAUUCCAAUUACAAGGGUUUCGGGUAGAUCUGUGAAAUAUGCGGCUGGACUCAUAGAUUCAUUUAGUAAGUUUAAUUUUUAUAUUUUCUAUAGAUGCCCAUUCGUAUUUCUGUAACCAAACAAAAAUAAAAUCGCCAGUUCUUUUGCUUAAACAAAAACCAAUAAACGAUUGGUAUUUCCUUAUAGGACAUUGCCAAAAUCGAAUUGGAAGAAUAAUCUGCCUGAUGUCUAAGAAGCAGCAUUGGGAUAUAUAGUUUUGAAUAAUAUAAUACCGGAAAGGUACUGUUGAUUAUUAUUCAAGAGAAAUAAAUGAUGCUUAUCUAAUUAAUCUAGGUUUUGAGUUGAAUGAUAGAGAUGAUGAAUUACAGAAGAUGGUUGGAAAUAAAAAGAAUUCCUUAUUCAAAGAUCAGAAAAUAUUGUCUUAAUUUGAAAACAAUCUUUAAUAGCCAGUUCCGUAACCUUCAAUCUAAACUGUGUUACCUGCUGAUCAAAAAUCCCAAAAUCAAACAGCAAUCUUUCUCAAAGAUGGUCAACGACCUAGCAUGACAAAUGUAAAAAUAUGUGUCUAAUGGAUUUAUUAGGAAAGUGUCUUAGAUUGGGAUUAGGGCAGUCAAUUUAGAAGGAGUCUUAAUCGAAUAAAGCUGCAAGGAUUGGAUAGAGGCAAGACUCUCCAAUCAUUGAAAGGGAAAUAUCAUCAAAAUAAUAAUGGGGCAGUUGAUAUGUUGGAUGAAUCUUUGAUUCAAGAGGAAGAUAAAAUUAAAAAUGCCAAUGCGGGAUCGCAAAAUCAUAUACAUAGCAAAUUGAAGGUAGUCAAAAGCAAGCUCGCCAACAAUCCGAACAUAGGGAUCAGAAAAGUAUCAUGGUUAGAAUUUGACAGUGGCACUAAUUAGCAUCUAGGUUUUCAUCUGAUAUUUAAAUUAACUAGAUAAUAAACAGAACCAUUUAUUAAAGCAAGUUAGUAAGGGAAGUGAAACUAAUUUCGAUCAAUCACCUCCCUCCUAUUCAUAGGAAAUUGAAAUCAAACAAAGAAUAGAGGCAAGGGAAAAUAGUAUUAUUUCCAAGAAAACCAGCAAGUAUGAUUCAAUUUCAAUUUAAAGUAUCGAAGUCACUCGUCGGAAGAAAAGAAGAAAAACCACUUAGCUAUUACAGUUCUUCCAAUAAUCUGAAAUUGAUAAUAAGAAAGCAGAAAAAAGUGUUCCGAACAAUGAAGCCUAUAGUUCUAGUGUGUAUACGGCUGGAGUACCUAGCAAUUCAGCCUUGGUUGAUUCCAAUAACAAAUUUGAUAACAAUGGAGAUAGCAACAGUGUGCAUGUGGGCUAAUCAAUGGAUGGAAUUUAGAAGAGAAUACAAGACAUUGUUCGAAUUCAUUUUGAAAUGGACAUGGACAAUGCGAAAUCGUCAAAGUUCUAUUUUCCUGAUUUCAAUCUUGAAGUCGUAAUAGAUAGGAUUAAUAUUUAUUAUGAAAAAUUAAAUGAGAAAAGACAGGAAUUUGAUAUGAGAGAAAUGAAAAGAACGAAAACCAAUUUCACUCUCUUUGAUCGUAUCAGAUAGGCCAAGAACACUACUAUUAGGGGAAGCUUCGUUGAAAAAGAUAAUUGAGC